ACUGCUAUUUGAACGAGGUUAGUCACUUCGAGCAAGAAUUUGACGCGAGUCCGUCUAGUGAAUUCUCACCUCCCAGAGGAGACUUGUAUAAUUCCUUUUUAGCGAAUCAAACGUUUUCAAAGGUCUGAAGGUUGCCGAAUUCUUUUUGGUUCUUCGCGUUCAGUUCUUUUGGUACUUCGCGAUCCUAGGGUUUCCCUUCGGCUCUGCGCCAAGAUUCCUUUCUGGUACCAGGGUCUGAAUAAUAUAUCUGUUAUCCUCCUAAGAUAAAUACAAAUAAUAAAUCGCGCGGAAAUAUUCAGCAGUCGUACUUUAGCCGGAAGCCUAACACUCUUCGGUAGUUGUAUAUUUGAGACAUAUUACAGGCGAUGCUUACAGUAGGCACACUGACGAUGGCGUGGUCGGCGCGAGUGUCAAUUUCCGCGCGAGUGUCGAGUUCCCCGCAAGUAUCGCGGUCGGCGCGAGUAUUCCGCCUCGUGAUUCUCCUCGUCUGCUACUCCGCCCUCAUCGCCGCUACCAGCGCUACGAAUUCGGCUGCGGCAACGAAUCUCCACGAAUCCCAAGAGAAACCACUCCAGCUGUUGAGCAAGGCAUGGCGGCUCCCAACAUUUGCGCAGUGCGACACGCGUCUUGGGCUCACGUGUGACGCGCAGGGCAUGGUGAUUAGCAUCGAUCUGCCCCAUCGCAUCCUCACUGGAGUCAUCCCUAAAGCAAUCUCCGCUUUUGUCAGGCUCACUAAACUCUCGCUACACAACAACCACCUGCAUGGGUCCGUGCCGCCUGAACUGAGCAAGCUGACGCUGCUGCAAGAGCUGUACCUGCAUCACAACAAUCUUACGGGCGCCAUUCCUGCCACUCUCAGCCUCCUCACCAACCUGGACGCUCUUAACCUCGGCCAGAAUGCCCUGUCCGGCCCCAUCCCCCCCCAGCUCGGCAAUCUCAAGGCACUGCUACUCCUCAACCUCGAUGAAAACCGCCUCAGCGGAAACAUCCCGGAAACUCUCGGGAAGCUUCCCAAGCUGCAGCACCUCGAGCUUGGAGGCAAUGAGCUCACAGGGCCAAUCCCAGCAUCGAUCACAGCUCUUGGGAACCUGCUGACACUCGAUUUGAGUCCCAACAAACUCACCGGCGCCAUCCCAGCGACCAUCGGCGGCCUCAAGAACCUCAGAUGGAUGUACCUGUCCGGGAAUCAGAUCAGCGGCAGUCUGCCGCCCGCAAUCGGCAACCUCCAUGACUUGGAGCACCUGUGGAUUGAGGACAACCGACUCGCCGGCCCGCUGCCAGACCAAAUCGGCAGCUGCACCAGCCUGCAGAUUCUCUACUUGUCCAACAACAGCAUCACUGGCAGUCUGCCGGACAGCUUAGGCCAGCUGCGAGCGAUGAGAGACAUGCGGCUGGACCACAACAUGAUUUCUGGCAGCCUGGCGCCGUCUGUCGGCGCCCUCACCAACCUCUCCGUGCUCGAGUUGAGCUACAACCAGCUCUCAGGCCCCCUGCCGGCCACACUCGGUCAACUCGCACAGCUCAAGACACUGAGCAUCAACGCCACUUCCCAGCAAUGCCCACCCUCAGCCUCCCUCUGUCAAGUCACUCAGACCGCCGCCUCCUCCUUCUGCCAGCUUUGCUCUGAGUUCUGCGCCUCUUGCCAGCAGAGCGAGGGGGGCAACGGAGAGGGGAAUGGGGGGGGGAAUGGGGGCAAUGGGGGGAAUGGGGGGAAUGGGGGGAAUGGGGGGGGAAAUGGGGGCGAUGCAACGGGCGGAAGUGGGGGGAGCAGCGACAGCAGCAACGGCAGCAACGGCAGCAGUGGUGGUGGCGGUGGGGGGCCGAGCCAGGGGGUGAUCAUUGGGGUGGUGGUGGGGGCGCUGCUCCUCGUGACGGCUCUGCUCGUCGGGUUCUUCGUCUGGUGCUGCAGCAGGGAGGGUCCCUCGCCAUUCAAGCACGUCAAAGUCGUCGACUCUGACGACUUCGACGAUGCUGGGCUCAUCCCGUCUCUCUGCUGCCGCUACUCCCUCGUCGAGAUCCGGCGGGCCACCAACAACUGGAGCGAGGAGAGCAGGCUCGGCAACGGGGCGCACAGUGAUGUGUUCAAGGGCACGUGCCCAUACAACCCGGCGAGCACGUGGGCGGUGAAGCGGUACAAGCAGCAGUCGAGUCACUUUGAGAAAGAGGUGGAGCAGAUCGCGAGCAAGUGGCACCCCAACCUGGCACACCUGCUGGGCUACUGCGUUGACACGGACAGCCGCGUGGAGGACGGGAGGAUGGUGCAGGUGCAGGAGCAGAUCGCCGUGUACGAAUACGUGCACCAUGGGGACCUCAGCCGGUACCUGUAUGAAGACACCUUCCGUGCGUCGUUCGCCCUGUGGGAGCGAGUCGACAUCCUCAUCGGGAUCGCCCACGGCUUGCAAUACCUGCAUUCGGCGGGCAUGGUGCACGGGGACCUCAAGCCGUCCAACAUCCUGAUCGAUAAGAGCUGGCAGGCCAAGGUGGCCAACUAUGGGCUGCUGCAGCGCAACGAGCAGAGCGCCGUCAGCGCCGGCAAGAUGUUUGGCACUCCUGGCUACGUGGACCCCGUCUAUCUGACGUCCCACAUCGCCACCAAGGCGUCAGACGUGUUCAGCUUCGGCGUCCUGUUUCUGGAGCUGCUCACUGGUCGGCCGCCAUUCAUCCGGGUACAGGAGGAAUACGGGGAGGACCACAUCCACAUCGCCGACUGGGCGGCGCCUCUCAUCGAGGAAGGAAAGACGGAGGAGUUCAAGGACCCACAUCUCGAUGUCCCGGAGUCCUCCUUCCUCUCCCUGGCGGAGCUGGCCAUCCGCUGCACCGCCAUGCCCUUCACUGAACGCCCUCCCAUGGGCGAGGUGCUCGCGACUCUCAAGACCAUUCGGACAGACUUCUUUGGACUGACAGACCCUGAUGAUGCGUAUGAGAGCAUGGGGGAUGGUGGCGGCAUGGAGAAUGGGAUAGGCGAUGAUCAUGAUGGGAAUGAUGGUCGCCCUGAAUGGGCUGUUUCCGUUGACCAAGCUUGAGAUGUUUAGGGUGCUUUCUUUUAUAUGUGUCGAUGCUGUGUGAGUGGGUGCUUAUAUGAAAAUGAUGUAUUGUAAAAUCGAGUGAAAUGUGCCGAGAUAGUUU